GACUCUGGAUAGGCGCGGAGUGUUUCUCGCUCACGGCGAGGGGCGACCCACCGAUUAACGGAUCCAGUCUUGAUCUUGAGUUGCUUCUUUACUUUCUCAUAGUCACCCAUGGCGUCUUUGGAUCGGAUUGGGAGCGGUGGCCAGUCAAAUCCGAUGAUGUAGGGUGUACCAUAGCCGAGGUUCUCUAUGGCGCCUCAACGUAUGGUCCUCGUACAGAUGCUGGGAUACUCCCAGCCCGACAAGGUGGGGGUAUGGGAUAG